CGCGAUAGCUCUCGUUAGACCUGAACCGCUUCUUCAAUGGAACCACCGCAAACUAUCUCUUGUUACGUUGGUCAUCGUUGGUUUGAUCGCGCUCCUUAAUUCAAGUUGGACGACAUUGCUGUUGCCGACACGCCUUUCGUGGCCUGUACCAAUCCAGGGCAAAGAUCUGGACCUCGCAAGCCCCGCCUUCGAUGCGCAACUAGGUUUUGACAUGAAUGGCAACCAAUCAAGGACGACCACGUAUUACAUCAGCGACAUUAUGGUGUCCAUGAGCGGGAUGUCAGCCACACUUUCAGUCGUUGUAGGCGGAAAUGACAGCGUCUUUGCCUUCAAUGGUGUCGCAUACAGCAAAUCUACUGGUGGCAUUGUUCCAGCGGUCGAAGAAUUUGCAGGCACGUCAUUGACCACUAGUAGUCUUGGUCUUCAGUACUACGGUGGAAAAGUCGCUCAGAUCAAUUCAUCGAUUGCCAAUGACAAAUAUUCCGGGAUUUCUAGAAGUUAUAACGUGACACAACAGGGUCUUUCAGCGAACGUUACGUGCGGCCCACUCGACCAAAAUGAUUCCGAGUACCGGCUGAAGAUUGAUAAUCGUACUAUUGACGACGGGAUUACGGUUUGGAAUGGGACAGCAGAUUGUCCUCUCGGCAGUGGUCACGGCUCCUGGGCGACUCAGACGACGGCAGGCGGUCCUGAUGGCUUUCUCGCGAUCGUUGUUUGUCCCUAUCCGGGAUUCGCGAACGUCUCCUUUGACGUCUUCUUGCAGGGAAAAGGAGAAUAUAGCGACUUGAAUACAACAAUCUGCAAGGUUUCCCCAUACGUGGCCUCAUUCGAUGUGGCAUACAGCAACGGAAACAUCUCUAUCGAUCAGCCUCAGAACAUCCAGUCAUUUCAGAACAGCAGCACCAAUGUCACGAUGUUCAUAUUGGACAUGGUGACUUGGUCCAGCCAGCUUUCUAACAAUCCUUUAGCGGAGCUGCUGCAAUUUGACGGAAUAGACACGAUGCAUGACACACUGGAAGAAUACUUCCGCGGUGUCGUAGAGUUUUCUGCCACAUACCUUCGUUCUGCCUACUCUGCAGAAGGUGCGAACACCACGAUGCUGGACUUGUACUCGGACGAGAGUGCUUUCAAAUCCCUGAAUGGAACCAUGUUCGUGACGACCUACGGCUGGGAGAGCGGACGCCUCACAUUCAUCUAUCUCCUUGGACUUUUCACCGUCAUCUGGGUCAUCACUGUUUCGGCCGCGGGGUACAGUCUGAUUCAGGGACGUACUCACUCGGGUCCUCUAUUUGAUUUAUCGAACCCAGUCCAUCUCAUCAUGGCAUCUUCUGGGGGAGGACUGGAAAGCCUUGCAGGGUUUGAAGAUGACGGCGUUGAGAGUAAUGAACUUGUACAAGUGCUCCUUCUAAACGACCACGAUGAAGAUUACGACGUUGCAGAGGGGGGGAAGAAGUUCGCUCGGGCUAGCGGUUCUAAGAUGCGGUUCACGACUGAACUGGUCACAAAAGUAAAGAUUUCUAAGUAGGCUGCUGGACACGUCGAAUAGUAUGAUGACUCUCAGAGUACUUGAUAAUGAUUGUGUGUGCUAGUAACUUUAUACAGGUUUUUGUCAC